GGAGCUCAGAGCCGGUGCUCAGGGGCAGGAGUGGGACCGUGCGAGGCUUUUUGUUCCCGUUCCGCAGGUAGAUAAAAAAGAGCAAAUUCACAUGGUGCAGUAAAGUAGCCUGAACUCUGUGCCCAGGGACCCCUGGACAAGGCCACUUGUGCCUGUAGCAAGAUAAUGAGUCUGCCUACUUUGUGACCCUUGGAGGCUGGGCUGGAUGGAGUCGAUGUUGUCUGGUGUUUUCUUUGCCUGAGGUCUUGGCCUGGUGAUGAGGCACUAGGGAGAGGGAGAGAGCGGUUAGCGCACUGCCGGACGGGGAAAUGGCCCAGCAUAAUGUGGGGAUCAACAGGGAGUACGGAGACUGGGACUGGAGCGCCGACGCCGGGGAGCGGGCAAGGCUACUGCAGAGCCCCAAUGUGGAGACUGGGCUAAAGAGCAACGAGGGGCAGAGACCCGGAGCGGGGACCACCUCCACCCUCGGGGCCGUCUUCAUUGUGGUGAACGCUGCCCUCGGGGCUGGGCUGCUCAACUUCCCUGCAGCCUUCAGCACUGCAGGCGGCGUGGCCGCAGGGAUUGCGCUGCAGAUGUCCCUGCUGGUGUUCAUUAUCGGAGGGCUGGUAAUCCUGGCUUACUGCUCGCGGGCCAGCAAUGAGCGCACCUACCAGGAAGUGGUGUGGGCUGUGUGCGGCAAGGUCCCUGGCGUGCUCUGUGAGGUCGCCAUUGCCGUCUACACCUUUGGCACCUGCAUUGCCUUUCUCAUCAUCAUUGGGGACCAGCAGGACAAGAUCAUUGCUGCGCUGGUGAAGGAUCCCCAGGGAGCAGAUGGCAGCCACUGGUAUGCGGACCGCAAGUUCACCAUCAGCAUCACGGCCUUCCUCCUAAUCCUGCCUCUCUCCAUCCCAAAGGAGAUUGGCUUCCAGAAAUACGCCAGCUCCCUGAGCGUGAUUGGCACCUGGUAUGUCACCGCUGUCGUCAUCAUCAAAUACAUCUGGCCUGACAAGGAGAUCACCCCAGGACACAUCCCCACGCGCCCCGCCUCCUGGAUGGCCGUGUUCAACGCCAUGCCCACCAUCUGCUUUGGAUUCCAGUGCCACGUGAGCAGCGUGCCCGUCUUCAACAGUAUGAAGCGGCCCGAGGUGAAGCCGUGGGGAGCGGUGGUGACGGCAGCCAUGGUUAUCGCUCUCUUUGUGUACGCAGGGACAGGGAUCUGCGGGUUCCUGACAUUUGGUGUGAGCGUGGACCAAGAUGUGCUGCUGUCCUACCCCUCCAACGAUGUCCCCGUUGCCAUUGCACGGGCCUUCAUCAUCCUCUGCGUGCUGACAUCCUAUCCCAUCCUGCACUUCUGCGGCAGGGCCGUGCUCGAGGGGCUGUGGCUACGCUACAAGGGGGAAACGGUAGAGGAAGAUGUCGUCCGCGAGAGGCGCCGGCGUGUGUUCCAGACAGUCUGCUGGUUUCUCCUGACUCUCCUCCUGGCCUUGUUCAUCCCAGAUAUCGGCAAAGUCAUCUCUCUCAUUGGGGGCCUGGCUGCCUGCUUCAUCUUCGUCUUCCCGGGACUAUGCCUGAUUCAAGCCAAACUUUCCGAAAUCCAGGAAACCAGGUCAACCAGCUGGUGGGCGCUGGUCAGCUAUGGGAUGUUUAUGGUCACACUUGGAGCCUUCAUCUUUGGACAAACCACUGCCAAUGCCAUCUCUGUGGAUCUGAUGGCCUGACUCAUUCCACAGGACUGGCUGAUGCUGCCCUCCUUAGAAGUAGCUUUGCCUUUGGGACAGCCCAGGACUGAAGGAAAAAAUUGAUUUGGCUUCCGAUGUUUCCAAAAAGUUGGUUGGAGGGGAACAUAUUCCUCUCCUGCUGGGGAUUUUGUUAGUCUGUUUCAUUGGGAGAGUCCUACAGGGUUGUAUGUUCAUCGUCUAACACACCAUCAGGUCAGGGUUUUGUUCAAGCUUCUGGUUCCCAGGCCUUGGGGAUUGCAGAGGCUCACUACAGAGAAUUCAGACACUGACCCAGUGGGCGUGCACAGCACGAUGCCCUCCUGGACCGAGGUCAUGACGGAAGCCUUUGUGCAGAAGGCCCCUGGAGCGCCGCACUGGAAUUCCACGCUGAAUUAUUGUUACCCCUUUUGGGGUAGAAAUCUCUGAAGAAGUGUGUUCGGGAUUCACAGUGUGUAAUAGGCAGUACCCCCCAUCCCCCAGGGUAGGAGACCAGCUGGGAACCAGGAGACCAUACUACAUUGGGCUGCAUCUCCACUCUGACAAAUCCUCUCUCCCAAACAAAAGGGCCUUAAACUGCCUGUUCUAAUAGUGAAAUGACUGGUGAGAUGUUUGACAUAUAAAGCAAACUGGUAACCUUGCUUUAUGAACUUAGGAAUUAUUCAUAUCCAGGUUUUUAGCUUCAGAUGAUAAAAACCCCAGGAAAUUUUCCCUAAGAAACAAUACUUGUAUUGAUGAUCACUCCUUAUGGUGUGUGUGAGAAUGAAGUACUCCAUUCUUGCAUGUCUCUGUCAUGGUAAGAGUGCUGGAAAGGGAAGGGAAUAGAUAUCAACUAAGCUGAAGAAAGGAAUGCUUUUUAAUACACUUGAGUGCAAUUCCUCAAUCAUGCUUCAUGAAGAACUCUAGUAAUUACAUUCCUUUCUUUGUUCUAGGCUGUCAUGUUAGUUUCUAUAGAAAAAUUUCUGCCAUAUCACUUUGUUCGGUUUUCUUGUUUUGUUUUAAAUGCUGGGUUCUCUCAUCUAGUCAGUCUUCUCUGUUCUCACUUACCUCAACCAGGGGAUUACUUAACCUGCCUCUGAUUGGUUUACAUUUUUACUGGAAGGUGCUGCUGAUUGGCUAUUUUGUAACAAGCACUGUUCUGCUUCUUUGUAGUUGGGUGGAAACAGGGCCAGGGAAGAAUCUAACAAAGCACAUCUGUCUUGACAUGCCCCUGGUCACUAACAAAGCAGUGUGAUGUUUACAGAACCAGUGUUCCCCCUUCAUGCAUUUGGGGGCUUGAUCACUAUUUAGUUAAGGUGCUAUGACUCUGUAACAAUUAUUUAUUGAUUGGAGGAUUCAGAGUUUUCAGAGGCUCUUGUCAUUUCAAAUCCUGUUCUUCCAGGACGGAUGUUUGCUGGACGGGGCUGAUAAUCUUAGGCAGGGCCGGCUCCAGGAUUUUUGCCGCCCCAAGCAGCAAAAAAGGAGGAGGAAAGGAAAAAAAACAGCGAUCGUGAUCUGCAGCUCUACUGCUGCUCCUUCAGUCUGCGGCGACAAUGCGGCAGCUGGUCCUUCGCUCCGAGAGGGAGUGAGAGACCCACUGCCGAAGACCCCAGAUGUGUCGCCCCUCACCAUUGGCCACCCCAGCUGGGGUGGUGCCUGGAGCCGGCCCUGAUCUUAGGUUUAAAGGGACACUGUGAGGGCAAAAAUCUUAAAUAACUUAAAAAGCCCUCCACAUGGAUUAUAUUAAACACCUACAAUUAUUAAAACUGAGAAUUUCUAAAUAGCCCAGAGUAAACAAACUAUACUAUUCACUGUUGGCAUUUCUCUGCACUUGGAGGAGGAGAAACAAGCUGGUCAGUUUCACUUUUGUUUCUAGUCAGUUUCACUCUGCUAGCCUCAGAGGUUAGCUCAGUAGCUGGGUUGCAAACCCUGUAGGGGGUGGUUAGAUCUCAGUGGAAAACUGUUCUCAUUGGAAUUUAAAAACAAACUUUUCUGUUGGUCUGUUUUGUAAAAUAAAUAAAAUAACUCUG